UUUGGAAAAAAAUACCAAACCUAAAAUCUCUCUCUCAUAACUAAAAGACAAGAGCACGGCUGCCCUGCCCUUCCCUCCUCACCCCCCUUCGUCUCUCCGCCUCUUCUCUGGACAGCCGUGCGCCUCCCGUCGAUCGUCCCUCUGCUCUUCACGCUGUCAACGUCGUUGCUGCGUUCAUGCUGGUUGCUGCGUUCGCUGGUCCUGGUUGCUUCUUUGCUCUCCUCCGCCGCUUCCUCUGGUCCUCGUCGCUGCGUCCGCUGGUCCAGUCCUGCCGUCCGGUGCCGCUACUCGACGCGUCGUCUGUCACUGCAGAUACAGUGAUAUAAACAUCAGAUAAUGGACUUUUCAGAGGAAUGGAAGUCCGUAUUCCCGAUUGGCAGCGUCUUUGGGGCACCUCUUCUCCUCUCAAGUCCCUCCUCAAAGGCCAUUCUGGGUCCUCUUUGCUUCAACCCAAAACCUCAGACCCUAACUCAACUCUUUGACUCUCCCUCCCUGUGUCCUCUUCUCAGUCCUCCUUCACGUCUCUCUCUAUCUAGAUUCCUCUCCACUUCAACAACACUUGAUUCCCCUAUCCCUCUCUCCGCUGCCUCUUCCAUAGCCUCCCUCUUUGGCCCCCAACUCCAUGAUAAUGCUGCUUCUCUGCUAGCCCACAACCGCCUUCAAUUCCUCAAAUGUCCACAUGACAAUACUGUCAUCGUCUUUUUUUCCACAGGGUGCAACCAUGACCAAGUUGGCUUCUUGUUACUUUCAGUGAAAGAAAGGAAUUUGCAAGUUGUUGGGGAUCCAAAAGGUGGUGUUCUUACUGCCAACAAGUGUUUGAAUCAAAGGAUAGUGAAGAUUUUGGUGAACCCAGUUGUGGAUUGUGUUUGUUUUGGAGCUAAUGAUUCUUGUACGUCUAAUAUCCUUGGCUAUUUAUUGGUUUAUACAAUGUCCUCUGUGCAUUGGUUCAGUAUUAAAAUUUGUGAAAGUAGUGAAAGUCCUAUUUUGUGUUACAUUGGUUGCAAAAUAUUUAAGAGUUGCUCUAUCGUGGAUGCUUGUUGGAGUCCACAUUUGCUAGAAGAGAGCAUGGUGUUGUUGGAGAAUGGUUCAUUGUUUUUGUUUGAUUUGAACUCUGAUAGAUCUGAUAUAUAUUUUAGAGGAACUAGGUUGAAAGUAUCAUGGGAUGAUUCUGGGAAUUCUGGGAAUCGAAAAUGGUUGGGAUGUCAAUUCAGUUGGCAUCCUAGGGUUUUGAUUGUUGCUAGUUCAGAUGCUGUUUUUCUGGUUGAUUGGAGGCAUGAUGAGUUCAAAGUGACUUGUUUGGCAAAUAUUUAUAUGUUUGGUGUGUAUGCUCCAAUUGAAAAGGAGCGGUUCCUAGUUUUCUCCAAAGCGGUUUCAGAUAAUUUCCAUUUUGUUUUGGCUUCGGAUAGCAUGUUAGUCCUCUGCGAUGUGCGCAAGCCGAUGAUGCCAGUUUUGCAAUGGGCACAUGGUCUUGAUAAGCCGUGCUAUGUUGAUGUGUUCAGAUUAUCAGAGUUGAGAUCAAACUCGAGGGAAAGCACAUUUGAAUGGGCAACUGUAUCGGGUUUUGGUAUUAUAUUGGGAUCAUUUUGGAAUUGUGAAUUUAGUCUCUUUUGCUAUGGACCACCUCUGCCUUCUCACAUAGGGUCAGUUGCCUCAGAAAUUUCAAAAAUUUCCAGAUCUUUUUAUUCAUGGGAGCUCCCUUCAGAUUUCUUGUUGUCUGGUAAUAAGUGUCCAUGUGGGAGUUGUCUUGUAAGAGAAGAGUUUUUGAAGGAUGCUCUUCCUGAAUGGAUUGAUUGGCAGCAGAAAAGAGACAUAGUUUUGGGUUUUGGCAUUUUAAGCAAUGAUCUCUCUUCAUUGCUCUUUGAGUCGGAUGAAUUUGGUGGUUUUACUUUGAUUAGGCUAAUGUCUUCAGGGAAGCUGGAGUUGCAGAGAUAUUGUGCAUCAUGGAAUUUGGUUAGAAAAUUAGAAGCAGCCCAUAGAGAUCCACUGUUGUGUUUCAGAGACAACUUGCUUUACUCCUUGGAGGAUGAGGAAUACAAGUUUCCUAGAAGAUUUAAGUAUUUGAAGCUGGAAUAUCUCCAUGCAUACAUGAAUGGUAAUAUUUCUCAGGUCUUGGAUUCAAACAUGACAAAGCCGUACAAGGGUUUUCAACAGAGAGAGUCUUUUAGUGUGGACUUCCAUGAAAUACUGUGCGAGAAAUUGAAGAUCUGUGGGUUCAGUCGAUUUAGAACAUCUCCUGCUAUUAGCGUUGUUUUUAAUGACAUCAACUUGCCAACAAGUGUACAUGAGGUUGCUUUGAGGAGCAUAUGGGCAAGCUUGCCAAUGGAACUUUUGCAACUUGCCUUUUCCAGCUACUCUGAAUUUCUUGAAGUACUCUUGGACAAGAAGAAGGUCGCUUUGGAAUUUUUAGUUGUUCCAGACCUACCUCAGUUGCCUCCAUUUUUCUUGAGGAAGCCUUCAAGUCGCAGCAGUAGGUGGUCAAAUAAAGUGCUGUGCAGCAAUAACCUCGUUGGUCCAGUUCUUCCUCUCCCUAUUUUGAUUACACUUCAUGAGUUACAAAAUGGCUGUCCAAAUUCACAAGAUGAAAUUGGUGGCUUUUCGCCAGAUGUGGAACUGAGCAAUCGAUGCAGUGAAGUAAUGCAAGUGGCCAGGGAAAUAGCAAUGCCAGAUUCUACUGCUGAGCCUCAUGAUGAAGAUGCAGUCUCCCUUGGGAAUGACAGAGAUGACAUAUGGGUUGCUUCUGAUAAACCAAAAUCAUUCUUUUUAUAUUGUCCUGUUGCAGUUCACUGCUCUACUGAAGGUAACAGAGAGAGCAACUGUGUUCACGAGGAUGGCAGAUUUGCUUUCUUGAUUUCAAAAGUGCAUGAGAAAGAGUCAAUCCACAAGAACGAGGUAGCAAAUGUUGGACAAGAACUCUUUGACGAUCUGUGCCCCAUUCACUUGAAGUUUGAUGCUGCAGCUGUGGACUUCAGUUCACAAGAAUUGAAAGCUUAUAACUUGUUGAAAAGGCAUUUCUCAAAAUGGCAAGAAGAAUUCAAACCAUUUCAGGGGUUUUAUAGCCGAUUCAAAAAGCAAGUGGCUUGAAGGUUUUCUCUUUUCUGGCACUUAUACAUUUUCUUUUCCUGAAUAUUGGAUUUAUUAUUGUCCGUCACCUUACAAUUUUAUAUCCUUAUUCUUUUCAAAUACCAAGGGGAACAUAGCAAGAAAAUCUUGCGUGCAGACUAACUAGAGUUGUAUACAACAAGAAAAUUUAGUUUCUUAUUAGUAUCAAUAGGAAUUGUCAGUAAAACUUCAAUGAUCGAUUGCCAAAAUCGAAUUUAGUCUCUUUUCUUAUUAGUUUCUUAUUAGUAUCAAUAUGAAUUUAGUUGUAUAUUGACCAGAAAUCACCUUUCUUUUCUUUUCUUUUCCUUUUUCUACCUCUCAUAUUUGGAUUACUUGUAAAUGAACACUUGAAAGAUUGAUUGCCAAGAUCGAGUUCACUAUAAUCAUGGAGUGAUUGGUGACUUUGCUGUUCAUUCCUCACAUUGUUUUGGUAACUAACAGAGUUGGAACAAGGGAAUUCAUAUGCAGCAACCUGUUAUGGAGGCAGAACUUCAACAGCAGCAAAAUCUUAGGCCUGAUAAGUCAUUAACCAGCAUAAUGAGCCACUUUGAGUCACCAGCUUCAGCCUUUUAUGCAACAGAAACAUAUAUUGGGUUUCCACGCUAUGAUUGUCAAGUUGGUGCUCCUCCUUUGUGCUUCCCAUACUCCAAGUCUUAUGAUUCACAACAGUCUUCAAGGGAAAAUUAUGCUAUUGACUCAGGAGAGCAAGCUGAGCACAACUUGGAAUUGCGAAGCAAUUUGCAGCAAACUGUGAAAUCCCAUUUCUCUGAUGAUCAUUUUUACAAGUCUUAUAAAAGUUCCUGCUGCAGUUCUUCAGAGAACAAGCUACAUCUGCUUGAAAGAAUGAAGUGUUAAAUAAUGGAACUGCCUCCAUAGGGAAUCACUAUUCAAUACCUUUCCAAGGAGAUCAGGAUCAUAGAAAGCAACGCCAGAGGUGAACUAAAGCUGAUGGACACAGAUGGAUUGACCAUCUUUCAUGUGAAGACUGAAGAGUCAUCUGCAGAAAUAUAGAAUUGCAAAGUACAUGCCAGACCUUUAGAAGGCGAUAAAGUUGUCAUUUAUCUAGCAGUGGCAUGCAAAUCACAGGCACUGCAAGUCUGCAACUGCAAUUAGAUGUCCAGAGGUGUCUGCAUGAACAGUGGGAG